UACUAGUUUUCUGAUCCAGAGCGCAGCGGGUCAGAACAACGGAAGCGAAGAUCAUGGCUGCAUAUUUCUUGGUCUCGAGUCAGCAAAAUGUCGGGUCUCUAGCUCCUUGGAACUGAUAAAGUUUGUGCGCCAACCAAGCGACGUAGUGCAUUUGAAUCUGAGCGGCAACCCAUUACUAUAUCUACAAGAUAUCAAUCUCAACAGUCUUUUACCGCGCUUGACCAUUUUAGAUGUCGCACGGAAUACUGUUUGGUUGAAUGCUAGUCAUGUGACAAACAAGAGCAUGCUUCAAAUCAUUCGAGGAACACCGCUGGAUGGURUGUGCCUGCGAUGUUUUCUCACAAAGCAGCCUUUUACUAAUAUCAGCCAACGCAUAAAACCUUGGGUUAAUCGUAUAUCCAAAGAGAUGACGCAUGCGCUAAGACCUCCAAUCAUGAGGUACGACGGUUGCUAUGGGAAUGUCAUUUCUUUUAAGGACAAGUACUAUCGUAACUUUGAAACCUUAGGUUACAAUCUAGGCUGUGUGGGCCAAGACGAGCGUUGCUUCCGUGGCUACCUUAAAUUGGCGUAUUUUCGAGGUUACUACWUCACACCUUUGAACCGAUGUUGGUCUGACAUGAGCARAAGUUCCUCGUUUCUUGYUGUAUUGGCAACCGUUGCCAUGGCAAUGAACAUGACAGUUGUCAUAGUUACCUUGAGGUCAAAAGCCCUAAGAGAAAACGUUGCAUGUUGCUUGAUUGCAAGUGUUGCAAUCGGAGAUCUUACCAUGGCACAAUAYAUCCUCGUCAUCACAGUUACUAGAGCUGUUCUCAGUUAUAAAGAGAUGAUGGAGUUAUUAACGACAAAGUUUUGUCAUUUUGUUGGGUUUGUUUUCAUCAUGUCUCAAGGAAUMAGCGCAUUCACAUCGUUCAUUGUAUCUGUGGAACGGUACUUGGCUGUUGYUUACUGCAUCAACCCAGAUAUUCGCAUAUUUCCAGACACAGCAAGACUUGCAGYUAUUAUWGUUUAYAUUGUAUCAUUCUUGUUUGCCAUUUUGCCUUAYACAGUUUUAUCAAAGUACUACGUUCCGGAUUSGAACUGUGUACCAGUAACAAACCCUACAGGGUCAGGYUACGUCGAGUACAUGACAAUACCCGGUUCAAUAGUAAUGCUUCUCUACAUCUGUUUAAUCCCUUUAUACAUUCACAUGUAUUUUUCAAUAAGGAAGUCCAGCCAGUUGGUAGGGAUAAAACGCGAAGGCAACGUUGCUCGUAAAAUCUCUUUGGUAGUUCUGAGCAAUAUGGCGUUCUUCUUCACGCCUAUGUUUACUUUAUUUGCCGUAAACUUGACCCCUCUAGGCUUACUAUUUCCACUUACAGACAARCACAUAUUCUGGAAAACAUUUAUGUACUAUUCGUUUGCAUGUAACACCUGUUUAAACCCUAGUCUGUUUGCGUUCAGAAAUGAGAAAUUUCGUUUGGCUCUAAGAAAGCAAUUGCACCUUGUGCCAACGAAUACAGUUGGUGCUCAAAAUCUUCCUGGUUUGAAAUCGAGAAACAGGGCCAAAACAGGAGAGACAGUAAGCUCGAAAACAUAAAAAAAACAUUGGAAACAUUCAUAAUACCGUCAACUACUAAGAACUACCUCGAUGUCUAGUACCAGCUAUUUUAUGGUUAAGUAACGCUGAUGAAUAAUCAUCAGUAGUCUAAUGAUAAGAGCCGUACGCCAGUUGAUAUUUAUAAGSAUCUAUUAGUAAUAUAAAAUACUUACGAUGCAAAAAUGCUGAUUCAUCGAUAUCAACACUAUUGACUGAAAGGUCUUUAACAGCGCUACGGCCAUUACCAUGGCCACCCAGGCAAAGUUUCUUUCCGCCGCUUUAAAAAGUCGUUUAUGAUCAGAAAAACUGCUGAUUUAGUCGCAAGUGGAGGUAUUAGGAAAAAAUACGCUUAAUACGCAGUCUAAAUUGGGAAACGCGCGUCAAGUCUAAGCAACAAACUAGCGGUCAACAAACUAGUAAAUCAGCUUGUGUGGCAAGCAAGACGCUACAUUACAAGACGCUUCGCAUUCUACUAGUCGGCUGUCGGCCUGGACAGAUAAUAUUUGCUUCAUACUACCGAAAUGUUAAAAAAUGGACAGAAAUGUUUUAAAAGCUUUUAAUUUGAACACAACUGCUGAAACAUCUUUUUUAACAAAUAAAGUUAUCUAACUGAGUAUUAGAUCUUCACCUUUUUUUCACCUACUAACAUCAACUACUAAUAUCAACGACAUGAUGAAAAAAUAAAUCCUACACUUUGUACCGUAAAUUGAUAUAUACUAACAUUAUUCAAAUCUAGACAAUAAUACGUUAUUGACUUUACUCAUAGAAACCAAAACAUUUUACYCAGUAAUUCUUUGCAAACGCAAAAAACGUUUGACAGCGAUGAGAUCGCAUGAAUCACUGGGUAAAAUGUGCGGUUGUCAUAUAUAUUGUUCAUAAAGUGCCCAACGUGUUUGCUAAAAAUUCUACUUAUAAACCAACUAUUAUAUGCAAUUCUUCAAUUUUAAACAAAAUUGCAAAUAACGAAUUAUURCAAUUGUGUUUACUUGGAAUAAUUGCAUGAUAUUUUUGUCUCUAAUGGCGUAGAGAUAAUUCAUAAAUUAGUUCGUACUGUAUAUAUAUAUAAUCUAUAAUUCUAUUUUUAGAACAACAACAAGUGACUCAAUAGCAACAAGAUAUCUUUCUAAGUUAUAUAGUAUAGCGUUACCAUUAACUCACUAAUGUGACCGUGACGGUCACGCAAUAUGAGCAGCAAAUUGCUCUCCUAUAAAAGAGACUGAAAUUUUUGGAUGAAUAAUUAUAUUUUUGUUUAAUAGAGAUAUAUUUGAUUUAAAAUGAAAAGGCUACUAAUAAUAGUAUUAGGGAGUAUGGAAAUAUUUCACAAUAAAACCAAUAAAAGAAUCGAUAUGUACAAAUAUAGACACCAUGGCGAGGCUACUGCGACACUGCCCUCGUUCAGGUGCUGUUAAGCUUCGUACAACAAGUAAAAUAAAUAAGUGCAAAAGUGUUUAACAAA